AUCACCUCCAUUUCCUCCCCGAAUUCCUGCGACUACAUUACAGUAUCACCUACCUAUUCGCAGCUUCUCCGUUUUUUAACAAUAAAAAACACCUCAACAAUUUAAGGGUUAGAGUUCAUUUGGAAUCUGCUAAAACGCGUGAGACGCGCCAGAUUUUCGGAGGUUCUUUAGCAAAAGAUUAAAAUGUCUGGCAUAGCAAGUGCUAGAUUGGCUGAGGAGAGGAAGGCAUGGAGAAAGGAUCACCCAUUCGGCUUUGUGGCGCGUCCCACCAAAAAUCCGGAUGGCACUUUGAACCUCAUGAGCUGGGAGUGCGCCAUUCCUGGGAAAAAAUCGACUCCAUGGGAGGGUGGUCUCUACAAACUUCGAAUGAUCUUCAAGGAUGACUACCCCUCCAGUCCUCCCAAAUGCAAAUUCGAGCCACCACUCUUCCACCCGAAUGUCUACCCAUCGGGAACAGUAUGUCUGUCCCUCCUCGACGAGGAGAAGGAUUGGAGGCCAGCAAUUACGAUUAAACAGAUUCUUCUGGGUAUUCAGGAUCUUCUAAACGAACCCAACGUCAAGGAUCCUGCCCAGGCAGAGGCCUACACCAUCUACUGUCAAAAUCGUUUGGAGUAUGAGAAGAGGGUGCGAGCACAGGCCAGAGCAAUGGCACCGCAAGAAUAACUCCCUCCAACAUCUUUCUCUUAAUCUCUAAAUUCCAACGUCCAUAUGAUACCCCAAACUCCAGAAGACAAUUCUAUCAUUGUAUGAUCCUUCGACCUUUCCGAUUCUAGAUAUAAGAUGAGUAAUCACUAGCUAUUAUUCUACCAUAUGUAUAAAAACGAAUGAUCCAUCAUAUUUUGAUUUCACGGUUAUUCAUAUUUUCGUUUCUUUUAUAAUCAUUUCAAUUCGAGACGUGUCUAGAGAAUGAGAUAAAUGCAUUUUUCUUAAUUUCGUAAGUAUUCAGAGUUGUGAGAAGCUGCAUGCUUGAAAAAAUGUAAUAGAAAAAUCUAACACUUUAUUGUGAAAUUCUGAUGAAUUUUUGGUGCGAGUUUUUGGAAUUUUUAAUGGGAUUCUGUGGGAGUUUCAUUCAUACAUAUUCAUAUAUAAAAACUCAAACUUUUUGAUUUUGUCAAAUAGUCAAUUGGACCAGAGGAAAAAAUAAUAAAAUUCUCAAAUGAAUUCUAAUGGAAGCCCAACAGAAUUUUUAAACAGCUCCAACAGAAAUUCUCGAGAAUCUUUAGAUAAUGUUUUGAAUUUUUCGAAGAAGAAUUUUUCGAGAAUGCUGGCUUAUUCCACCUUCGUCUCACAGAUAAAAAUUAAUCUCAUUAUCAGUUGAAACUCUGUACAAAUACGUAAAAAUAAAUUUUCUUGUAUCUCGGAAAAUCUCAA